GAGAGAGAGAGAUAGAGAGCGAGCAAAAAACCUUUACCAAGGAUAUGGAGAACAACAACUAUAAUAUUAAUAAUCAUAAUAACAACAACAGCGUCUGUCAAGCCGAAAGAAUGCAGCGUGGUCAAGAGGAUUUAAUGCGCAGCACCACCACUGCCUUUGAGUAUUCAUUUCCCACCAACAAUGACGAGGACGAUGAUGACACCGAAAGUAAUAAGAGUACACCGUAUUUUACACCCAUGGAAUUUCUGCAGAGUCCAUUUGAAUUUCCAACGCCACGUCUGACGGACGUUUCAACGGAACAUCAGCAGCAGCAAGAGCUCGUAUCAGCAUCAACGACGACAUUGUGUAGUAAUGCGCCAACGUUUGCCAAAACCCAAAGUGAAUUGGAAGGCAUGCCCUCGAAAGAUCAUCACUCGGAAAUAGUGGAUAAUCAGCAGAGCCCCAGAAUUUUGCAGAUUUCAGCCACAGGCCCUCCCACCCCCAAGGCAACAACAUCGCUCAUCAAACAGCAUUUAGAGCCAUCAUCGCCCAAAGUGCAGAGGAAAUUUCGCCGUUUCUCCUUGUACGAAAGACGCUCUUGUUCGCCGCAGCAUUUGAUCAUCAAGAAUGCCGCCUCGGUGGAGUGUACCAUAGACACCGACAAGGAGAAUACCAAGCCGAAGAGUGUCAAGGCGGACAAGCAUGAGGAGAAUAGUAGCGGCGGCAACAAUUCGCCUAGCCUAAUAUUGGAUGAGACCACAGGAUCGCCCAGAAUACUAACAUCGGCCGAAGCAGCCAUGUUAUCCUCAGGCCGUUUGACAUAUUCACCUAAACUACUGACAUCCAUCAACAAUCUACACUUAGCGGCAUCACCAUUAGGUGUUAUCAGUUCGGCGGGCUACAAGAAUGGCAAUUAUUUUAAAUUUCCCGAAAUAGAUCAUGUGGUGCCGGAAGCCGCCAAUGCCCCGAGCAACACCUCCAGCACAAUGGUGGUGGACGAUAAUUGCCAAACGACUCGCAGCAAAGACAAUCAAGUGUUUAAACGAGCUAACGCUACCCCGCGCAAGCCCAAUGAUAACAACCAGAUCACUUCGACUUCAAACUCCAAUUACGAGUUAGCCCUUAAAACGGAAACGGAAAUCAAACCUACUACAACAAGUGCAAUUCUACCGAAAAUCGAAACCAAAAGAAAUCGUAAAAACAAAAACAACCUUACCAUAAAAAUAAUAAGUAGCUCAUCAUCCGCCAAUGCCUCAAUCUCGUCCUCCGCAUGUCACGACAAGCCCCCAAACUCACCGAACUCGAGCAAUCGGCCGAAGACUCCUACCAUUAAAUCAACCAAAGAGAAGGCUUUGUCCCUGGACUCGGCCCCUGCUGUUAAAGAGAGUGGCAUUAAGUCCACUCUAAUGAUAAAGCCUGAACUGUAUCUUAGCUGUGAUGAAAUUGAUUCGAACAUAAGCGAUCCCUCGAAGCUCCCACACGUACAAUCUCAUGAUCGCCUUCGAGCCCAUCCAAGCAGUAUUCGAUCCACAUCCCUUAUCCAGUUGGCCGCUACGCACAGCAGCAACAGUGCGAAAUUGAGCAAAAAUAUACGCAGACGCAUACCCAACUCAAAUAGUGCGGAUUGGCAGUUGCAUCAGCGGAAACACACUUCCUUCAAUAUACCAGAACCGUUGGGGAAAAAGCUAAACGAGAAAAGGGAUGACCCAACAUUGGUGGUGAUACUGAAGGAGGACGAGGAAGUGAUGGGAGUAGAUCAUCAAGGCCUAUCAUCCUAUUCAGCUUUGCAGACACCCAGCUCAAGUACUUGCACUUCCACAUCAUCGUCUGCUCACACCAGAACGCCCUACAAACACAACCCAUUGCUCCACAAUUCCAAUACUAACUUGAAGACGCUACCGGAAUUUUUGACACUGGUCGAGUUUACAACUCACGCCUCAGCGGCGGCUCCAGGGCCAGUGGAGCACCCAUAUAAGCAAAAGUCCAUGGAUUUGCCAAGCACAUCGGCGGCCAGCAGCGCACAAGGUGGGAGACCACCCAACUCAUCAUCGUCCACCAAUUUACUGCAAAGGAGAGGUUCUAACCACAGCCUGACUCUAAAUCUUCAUUCGCAGUCUUACUCCAAUCUUUUGGGUUCUUGUCGGUCUGGUCUCUCGGUAUCCAACUACAGCCUGGGGUCUGUGGGCAAUUCAACCAACAACCUGAAUUCAAAGUCAAGCUGUAACCUGAACAUAACCACCUCACAGUCAUCACAAACCACAAAUACGGUGUCGGCAGUAAACAGCCAAGGAGCGAAACAGAGCCUAUUUCGGCGCCGGGGAUCUAAUCAAAGUUUGACGCUCACCAAUCUCUCUUGUGGCAAUUUAAAUUCAUUUGCCAGCCAACACUCGCUCAAUGUGGACAGAAAUCAUAUGACCACAUUGGCAAGACCUGCGGCCAAUGUCUCCUUGAGCACCACUCCAAGAAGGGGGCUGCUGGAGCGAAGGGGUUCCAACCAAAGUCUAACACUCAACAUGAGCAGCUCGUUCGGGGGCAUUGGCAGUGAAAGAGGGGCCCUCGGCAACAGCAGUAUCAACUUGGGGGAUGCCGCCAAAGCCGAGGAAGAAACCAAAGCCUCGCACUCAACUUUGAUGCCCAAUUGUUCGGUUCACUCGCACCAGAGGCGUUUCUUCAGCAGUGAAAGCCUGAAUCGAAACAACUCUCAGUUCGGCGAGCUAAAUCCACCGCACAAAAGGAACGCCAACCAAGUCUGUUUCGGUUCAGCCAAUGACCUUAAACCUAGUCCAGAUAUGGGCUCCUCCCACCAUCACCUAGAGAGUGAAAAUCAAACCCAGGCCGAGCACUUCGACUUCAAGGAAACAUCUGUUUGCACAUGCCCCAGCAUACGAAACAUUAUGACAAAGCCUCUCUCGCCGCAGACCACAAGCGAGGAGUUCAAAAUCUAUUUGGCCAACAUACAAAUGCUGCAGAACGCCUCCAACACACUCAAUCAAAAUGAUCUUAUCAAACUCAAUUACAUAUUCGACAACAGCUAUGCCUCCCGUUCCAAGAGCAUUGCCGAUCAGAGUAUACCCAUACUGAUGUCGACGCACAACCAGUCCAGCAAGGAAGCAGAAACUCCCCCACCAGUUAUGGUUUCCAAUUCAGAAGAUUGUGAAAUUAUUGAACGAUACAUGCAAGUGGUCUCCAAAAUUCUACAGUCCCUCCAGCUCGACGAAGAGGAACAGAAGCGUAUGUUCCGUAGCCUACACAAGGAGUUCUGGGACCUGCCUUUGAACCAUCAGGAGAAGCCCAUGGUGUUUGGAUCGCAAACAAAAAAUCGCUACAAGACUAUUUUGCCAAAUGAAAAUUCUCGUGUUAUUUUGGAAAAGGAAUCAAAAAUUCUAAUGGACAUGUUGGACAACUGUCCUAACCUUGAGGGUGUGGAUAGUGCAUUGGCAAGCGCCUUAACUAAACCCACUUUUCCCAACACUGAAGAAGUGCCCUAUAUAAAUGCCAACUACAUAAAAGGUCCUGACUACACUUCAAAAUGUUACAUAGCCACCCAAGGUCCAUUGCCCAACACCAUAUACGAGUUUUGGCUGAUGAUCUACCAAAAUACCAAGAAGUACAUUAAAAUAUCAAAAGGACCCGAUAGUCCAAGUCGACGCCAGGGCAAACCAUUGCAACAGUAUUAUCAGAAAAUAGUUAUGCUCACGAAUUUCAUGGAAAACAAUCGUCAAAAAUGUUCCAUUUACUUUCCGGUGGAUUUGAAUGAGAUCUUCAUAACCACCCCCAGGGAAGAGGUAGUUCAGGCCUCGGCACAAUUUGCCGAAUUUAUUAGUCCGUUUUUGUGUGAGGAAGAAAUGGACACUGAGGUCGAUGAUAUCGAGGGCAACGAGGUCAAAGUCAUAAGUAUCACUUGCACAAAGGCCGAAGUGGCCGAGGAACUGAGGGGUCACGUGCCCAACAGCAAGAGCUUCUUUGUUAUGAGAAAUGUGGGCAUAGUUAAGAAGAAUGGCUUCUCCAUAAGAAAAAUAAUUAUACUGUACUGCGUCAACUUUACGGCUGAGGUCAGCAACAAUCCGUUUUUGUUGCUAAACAAGUUUGUAUGCUACCACUACUGGUAUCCCGAUUGGCCAGACCAUCGUUCGCCUCGAGAUAUAAACACCUUGCUGGAUAUCUCACUGCAUGUGGCCAACUUGGGUAAAUGUGAAUCGGAAUUUGAGGUGUUUAACGAUGCGGCCUCCACUCCACCCUCCCAUGUAAAUGCUCAGUCCACAGAACUAUAUCAACAGGAUAUAUUCAAUGCAGUGCAGCCUUUGCCGGUGAUACAUUGCUCCGCGGGCAUAGGCCGCACCGGUUGCAUGACAGCCAUACUGAAUGGCAUACGCCAGGUGCGCCAGUCCUUGGCCUAUUCCUUAACCUCCAUGGCUGCCAAUGCGGCCAAACAAGCCACCUCAGCCCAGGCUCUAAGUCCGGUCGAUUUUCGUUUGCCCCAGCAAUUUCUGGAGGAGGAUAUGCUGUUGCUGGAGGCUCCUCUGCCCACGGAAAUCGAUUGUAGUUUUACCCGCAAUACUUUGAUGUACAUGCGCUACAUCUUGAAAAUGGAACUGAAAAUCAAGCAGCAAGAACAGCAGCCGCUGCAGUUGGAAGAACUGGACGCAAAGCCACCACCACCUCCGCCACAAUUCGAGGACAACUGGCGACUGCCCUCCAUAGCGGAGCUGCCAAAAAUGCCCAACAUAUUCGUGGACGUCUUGGGUAUUGUUUGCAAUUUACGCUUGCAACGGGGCGGUAUGGUGCAGAACUCCGAACAGUACGAGCUCAUACAUAGGGCCCUGUGUCUUUAUCUGAAGCGAACAUUUGCUUUAAAGCGAUUUUAGACUCGUCGUUGUCGAUGUCGAUGUCGAUGUCGAUGUGUGCGCGAAAGCAUUUGGUAUCAAAUCAAAAAGGGAAAAUUUUCUUCAUUUCCAUCUAAAUGUUUGUAGUUAAUUAAACCGUGGAAAAAAUCAAUACACAAAACAAAAGAGCCGAAGAUUUGCAAAAGCAAAACCGAAAACAAAAACUUUCAAAUGAUUUUAUAGUUGUAUAAGUAAAUGAAUAUGUAUUUAAGUUUUAUUCACACACACACACACACCCAUACACACAUCAAUCAAAUCGCGAAUUGUAUUAAAAUUUAUAACAUUUUCAAAUAGUCCUAAUAAAUUAUAAUAAUUUUUUUUCUCUUAAUUUGUAUUAUAAGCCAAACGCAUCCAAAAACUAAUUUAAACUUAGACUAACUAUAACAACAACAACAACAACAUCAAUUGUGUAAUUCCUUCGAAGCAUCAAGUUUUUUUUUUGCAUUGGGAGCAAAAAAAAGAAAAAAAAAACUAAAAAUGUAAACAUUAUUUGCAUAUAUGACGAUGAUCUUAUUUAAACAUAAACAAAUUAACAAAUUUCAAUUUGUUUAUUUGCGUUUUUUAUAAUUUGUACAAUUUAGCUUUAAAAAACAAAAACGAUAAGAUGAGAGAAGAGAAAACCAACCCCAAAACUAGUCAAAUAAAUUAAUUAAAAUAAUAAUAAAAACAAAAAAA